CACAUUCCUCUCUGAACGCGGAAACCCUCUUCGCCGAAGUUUAUUCUAACCGCACACCAUUGUGGUUUUACUGGUCGGCAGUCAUUGAUACCCAACUGUUCCAGCUUGAGCCUAAGUUGCGUCUUCUUUUAAUGGCUGGUUUCUUUUCAUCCCGUGGAAACGCCCCAGGUCGUUGACAGGUGUAAGGUGUCAGAAGAGGAGGCGCAGUCAGCCUGAAGCCACAGACUGGGGCAGGUGGACAAGCUGAGGAGCAGCUGGAGGUCGAAAAUGUUUCAGUUUCUUGUGAAAACAUGAUCACUCCGUACAGACAUGUGGACCGCAUUCGUUCUUUUUAACCUGUGGUGCCUACACUGCUCAGCGUCCUCCACUCCUCCGAGCCCCAUCGAAGUCGAGUUCUCCUCUGUAAAUCUGAGGAAUGUGCUACAUUGGCUCCCGGGAAACGGCACACCAGACGACACACACUUUACAGUGGAAUAUGCCAUCUACGGAGACAACGUACAGAGCAGCAAAGGAAGGCGGGUGAACUGGAGGGCGGUGCAGAAGUGUACGAAAAUAGCGCGGACCUGGUGUGAUCUGAGCGACGAGACGUGGGAUGAGGAGCAGGGGUACUAUGCAAGAGUUAGAGCUGUGGGGAAGGGAAGCUCUUCCAAAUGGAGUUGGACACAAAGGAGAUUUGAUCCAAUGUCGGACACUACGUUUGGUCCUCCGCUGAUUUCUGUGGAAAUAAAAAACAACAGCGCCAUCAUCACUCUAAUGGGACCAAUGAGGUAUCUGUCCAACAACCACACUCAGGCGAUUUCCAUGGCAGCUUUCUACCCUCAGAUGUCUUACAACCUCUCUGUCCACAACACCCAUAACGACCAGGUGUUCCACAUCCCAGUGACCACUAGUCCAUACAAAUAUCAACGGCUGGAGUACAGUACAGAAUACUGCUUCUCUGCCCAGUCAAAAUUCAUGUCCAUGCCGAUCACUUGCGAACCAUCAGUGUGGCACUGCAUAACUACGCCUCAAGACCCUGUGAUUGAGCAGCUGAAGAAGGCGGUUGUCGGCAUUGUUGUUCCUUCUUUCUGCAUCUGCAUGAUGAUCGUAGUCGGCUACAUACUAUAUCACUACCUCACUGGGAACGGACAAAAGAGCCCAGUCAUUUUGAACCCGCCGUCUUUCCAUCCAUCCCCUCUCGCAUUGCAUCCUGAGAAAGUCAACCAUAUCCCAAUCAGCCCCAUCAGUGCUAUAAUGGACCCUCUGUGCUCCAAUUUUGAGCUGGAUGCUCCCCCGCCCGAAUACUCAGACCCCGAGGAAAACUGGGAUGAUUCGUAUGGAGGAGUCAUGGUGGCCCCCAGUAGCGACGGAGGAGCAAAUGAAGCAAGUGAAAGGACGUGCGAUAAAGGAAACAAUGGGAGUGAUGUGACAGGUGCAGCGAUGGACAACACGGGGAGGGUUCCCACUGACAGAGUCUAUGCUCCUCAGACGCGGUCCAGCUUCUCCUCUGUCCCCCAGUUCAGACAAACACACGUGCCGUUACGUGAAGAGGCGGAGAUGAGCACACAUAGGCUGCUGCAUGCGUGGCCACAGACGAGAUCAGUUUCACAGGCCCAAACUCAGGCUCAGUCUUUCCACCAACCAGCCAUGGGUGGGGUCCGUGCUAAGAGAGACAAUAGAGGAACAGAUAGGAAUGGAAAGAUAGAUGGAGGUGUUGAGGGAGGACGUGAGUGUGAGAAUGUAGCCCUGCUUUCUCCUUACGUCUCCCAGAACCUCGAAAACAUGCUUGCUUCUCAUUCCGGCCGGUCAGACUUCUUGUCAGAUGACUAUGGUAUUGUGGCUGCGACAGAGCAAACCGAGGAAGAUGGUGAUUGCGAUGAUUUUUACGACGAAGGUCCAGUUAGCGUUGCCUGGGAUCCCGAGACCGGGACACUACAGUUGCCAAAGAUGAAGCAAGGAGGGUUGGAUGGACUUCGCCAGAGAGGAGGAGAGGAUGAAGAGGAGUACGUGAAGAAGGGCGUGUUGAAGUUGGAAAACGUGUUCGUGCGACAGACAUCUGAGGAAGAGGAAGAGGUGCGGAGUAUGCUGGAGAGAGGUGGGGAGAGAGGAUGGAGGGUAGAAGAUGGUUUGACUAAGUGGGACUUGGUAGUCUCCAUGGACUAGUAGAUGAUAUUAAUCAAAACGUUAUGAAAAAAAAACAUGACAACAGUGACAAUAUCACUGUUGUAGGAGCACUCAGUACUCUAGCAGGGUAACUUAUAUAUCUGUGAAUGUUGCUGGUUAAGUACCGAGAGUUUGUUGUUUAAUAACUCAAAGCAAUUAGUGUAAACACACAUGAAGAAAUCUCACUAUAAUCAACCCUGAAGGAAAGCAUAUGCUUGGGUUCAAUUUAAGAAUACCAUUACGUGUGUCAUUAUUUGUGUUCCUUUCCCGUGUUUCUUUGGAAUUGAGUAAACCACCAUCGUGAAUAGUCUCUGCGUAACGACCGCCUACGCUUUACGGUUGGUCAUGAAUGGCUCUCCAAAACGAGCGUUAAACAAGCUAAUUACAUUUUCUGUGCAAACAGUAAAAUAUUUGAGGUUGCGAUCUGAUAAUUCAAUAUUAUUACGAAGCCAUACAAGAGAACCUUUACUCUGGUGUUUACUUUUAAUUUUGCAGUGUGUUUGUGUUCUGGUCAUGGGCUAGCUUACUGUUGGCAGUUGCAUGACAGCGCGCACCAGUAUUCACUGCAUAGUCUGGCAGUACUCCGAAUUUUUCGUUAAUUAUCUGUCCGUCUGUUUGAUUUAGUUCCUGGUGAAGCUCUUAAACUGUUCGUGAUGACAGACUGUAAGAUACACUGGGCUGAAUCAUAAUGAAACUUAACCCUCCUUUGUAUCUGUGUGUGAUAAACGGUCCUUUAGAAACUCUUUCACUCGGUUCACACAUGAUUAAGAUAUGUAUAUAGCACUUUACCUGUAUUAUAUGUUUUAUUAAUAAUAAAUGGUCUGGCCUAUAUA